CGAUUUGCAUAAUAAAAGUGUUUUUACUUUUCUCCUACGUGCCCCAUGAGUGGAGAUAUUGCAAUGCAUCCGCGUUACGCAGGAAUAGAAUUGUACCUUACUCGAGUUCUUCUAUCUCAAUUAUUUCAUUUUUCCCGACAGAAAUCAUCGAUAACCAGUCGAUGUGUGGUUGAUGAAGAAGUUGGUUUGGUGCUGGGCGCUUCAAAAUCUAUCCUGAAGUACGUCAUAUUCUGUCACCAAGAAGAGCUCAAUUGGCCGUUUACAGAGGGGGCGAUGUUAAAGAACAGAUUCGAUGACAUAUUUAACAUUACAAGGUUCAACAAAGCCUCGGAGACUAUUUUAAAGCUUCAGAAAGAGUUGCAAAACGAUGUUCGAAGUCUAAACGCAGAAAAACGGACCUUCAAAGUACUCAUGGAUAAAGUGGAUAAUAAAAUGGCUAAACUUGAGGAGCACAAGAAGAGACUGAAUACCACGAAGGAGAAGAUAAGUGAAAUUGAUAAACUGCUCGAACACGUGAAACAGCAACUCAACGAAGUGCAAAAGUUUCGUACGGAAUAUAAGAAAGUCCAGGCUGAGGAAGAGGAAAAUAAGAUGGAAUACAGUAUGCAUAAAGAUCGAUAUGAAAAACUGAAAAAAACUGUAAACAAUAUCUUCGACGGAACAACAGAGGAAUUAAACGAGCUCGUUGAAUCGUGCGGCAGUACAUUAAAGGAAAAGAACGUCGAAAUCACAGAGAAUCAAACCCAGGUUAAAAGUAUCACGGAGAAAGGGAUUAAGAUCUCGAAUAUUUUAGCGACACGAAGAGAAACCGUAGGUACAUUAAAGCAACAGGUGAACGAUCAUGAGAAAAGGAUCGCUCGUCGCAAUCAGUUGUUAAAUGACGCACUACAAGCUUGGGAUUUUGAUUCGGUGGAAUCGGAUGUAUCUGAAAUAGAGGUGAAGGCUCGUACAAAAAGAUUGGACGAAAAGAUGCGGGCGUUAGAAAAACAAGUAGAGCAGAAUAGACUGACUAUGCAAAGAGAGGAAAAGGAGUUGCAGACGGGAGUCGAUAAGCUGCGCAGUAAUUAUUCGAAAAUUGAAUCGGAAAAAGUUCUUAAAGAAAACGAAGUAUCAGAAAUAAGAGAAGAAAUAGAUGCGAUUCGGAACCACAUAACACAGAUUGGCGCAGCGGGGAAUAAAUUGAAGUCCAUCGAACAAAAACUUCAAACGGCGAAGCAGAGAAUCGACGAACUCAGCAACGCCUUGAAAUCCUUGAAUGUCGAUUCUAUGAAAGCCGACAUUGCAGAUAAAAUAAAAUCGAGAGACAAAAUUGAAGCAACCUUAAGCGCGAUCGACGACGAAAUUUCUUCUCUGCAUAAAUUAAGCUCAUUGACGGCGGAAUUUGAAUUGAAGAAGUCGGCAUUACAAGCUAAAGAAGACGAGCUGGAAAAUUUGAAGAAAAAGCAUGGAGAUAACAUCAAAACGUUGUUAAAUGUUCAAGAACUACAACAAACUAAAUUAAAAGAUACUUUGGAACGUGUUCACCAAAGAUUGGAAAAAGAAACCAAUUCUUUAACACGAGAGAUUCAGGCUCAAGAACGUAAAACUACUGCUUUCGAAACAACUGUACGGCAUAUAGAAUCCGACAUUAAGAAAAAGACAAUAGUACUACGCGUAUGCAAAGAUUUCGAUGAGAAUUUGUUAAUGCAAGCAACUAAAGUAAAGGAACUUCAGAACACGAGAGGAAUCUAUGCUUAUCAAGCUACAGCCUACAAGGAAUAUGUUAAAAAAUUAACUGCGAAGGAUCCUUGUUGUCCCCUGUGUCACAGAGAUUUUGACAAACAAAACACGGUCACAGAGUUAAUAAAGGAAAUCGAAACCGAUAUAAUACGUAAUCAACCUGAUCGCUUGAAGUUGUGUGAACGAGAACUAGGGAGAGAACAGGAAAAAUAUGAUAACAUGUUGCAGCUGAAACCUAUUGUCCAGAAAGUCGUUCGAUGUAAAGAGAACGAUAGGAAAGCAUUAGAGGAAAAGUUGAAGAAGACCAAUAUCAGCGUGGCGCAGUCAAAAAUGGCCGUUAAGGAUCUAGAAGCGUCAAAGGCAGAGCCUGAGAAAAAGUUGUUACUUUAUAAAAACAUGAUUGGCGAUAUUAAAUUUUGGGAUAGAUGCAUUGACGAAAUACAGCAGUUGAAGAAAGCAGUUAAAAACUUGGAAAUUCAAAUGUCCAGAGCUGGAGUUAAGACUGACAGGACUAUAAGUGAGGCGCAA